CCUGCCCAGCUCUCAAUCUCCAGCGCGGUGUUGCGUUUUGAUCCCGCAUGGUGUUUUGGAUGUGUCGGCCGGCCGCAGCGCUGUUCGCGGCGCUGACCGCUUGCCUCUGGUGCGGUCCGCCGGUGUGCGCGGCGGGGAGAAGCCAGCAGCUCAAUUACCGACCGAUCAUCGGUGUGCUGGCACAGGAAAACCUCCCAGGGGACCAGUUUGCUCAGGGCUCCUCUUACAUCGCCGCCUCCUAUGUCAAAUACCUGGAGGGCGCCGGGGCCAGGGUUGUGCCCAUCAGAAUCAAUCGCACAGAAGAAGAAUACACUAAGAUCUUUUACUCAAUAAAUGGGCUGCUGCUGCCGGGAGGAGAUGUAGAUCUCCAGACAUCGCAGUUCAGUCGAGCCGCCAAGAUCUUUUACAGCUUGGCUCUGAAGGCCAACGAUGCUGGGGACUACUUCCCUAUCUGGGGAACAUGCCAGGGCUUCCAGCAGCUGUCUGUCCUCACAGCCAACAAAAACCUACUCACCCUCACUGAUACUAAAGCUGUGGCUCUACCUCUCACACUCACACCAGCGGCCCAGUCCAGCCGUCUGUUCCGGAGUUUUCCCAAGGAUCUGCUGCAGUCUCUGGCCGAGGAAAACAUCACUUCCAACUUCCACAGCUGGAGUCUGUCCAUGCAGAACUUCAGCCGAAAUGCCAAGCUGAAGAGGUUUUACAAGAUCCUGUCCACUAACAGUGUUGGGAAGAAGGAAUUCAUCUCCACCAUGGAAGCCUACCGUUACCCAUUUUAUGCUGUUCAGUGGCAUCCAGAGAAAAGCCCUUUUGAGUGGAUAGAUAAGCCGGGCAUGGUUCACUCCACCUCUGCUAUAAGAGCCUGCUUCUACACUGCCAGCUUCUUUGUCUCUGAAGCCAUGAAGAACCACCACCAUUUCUCCAGUCUUGUGGAAGAAGAGAGAGCCCUCAUCUACAACUUCUCUCCCGUCUACGCAGGCAUUCACGCUGUCUUUGUUCAGAACUAUUACUUUGAUUGA